UUACAUUAAACUAAACACAACUACAGAAUAAAGAGCACUGAGGAUACAGUGAAUAUGCUUUGAACAUAAUGUAUACAAUACAGAGACAAUAACAUAUGUACAAAUAUAUGCAAAGCAUCAUGGGGACGGAUCAAUGUAACUGAAUAUGACAAACUACAUGAACUUAUUGUGGUUUGUCUAUUCUCACUUAAAAACAUUGUGUCUCAUGUACAGACUAUAAGUAACUAUAAGUUACUUAAUUCUACAUAGUCACAGAAUUCCAUAUAUGAUUUAAUAUGAAUUGUAUAAUACAGUGCAACUGCAAGAUGUAGUGAUGUUUAUAUGAGGUAAAUAAAUACAGUUGUCUGCAGUAACCACAGAAAAGAUCACUUACUGCAUAACUUUGUGAAUAUAGAGACCCAUCCGCUUCCGGUUAAGUGACGUUUUCUUUUGACUUCGGGAAAAUGGAAAACUGCAGUGUGAAGCGAAGACGUUAAAACAGCGAGGAUCAAAAACUUCCUCUAAAAUGGUCUAAAUGUAUUCUGACAAAAUAAUGAAACCCACGCGUCUGAAACUUCUUUUGAACAUAUUCGGACCUUACUGGAAACUGCAUGUUUGUAUCUGUGCUACUUUCACAUAUGGAGAGAAAUGUGGACAAAGUGAAUAUCGAUCAGCAGCUGACGAAUGCUGUCCUAUGUGUGCUAUGGGAUCAGUGGUUAUGAAAGACUGCGAUGGUGAUUACAGUACAACAUGCAAACCUUGUGCUAAAGGAACAUUUAUGAAUGAACCAAAUGGGCUACAUACCUGCUUUCAGUGUAAAAUCUGUGAAAAUGGCUUUUAUAUUUCACAAGACUGUACAACAAUGCAGGAUACAGUCUGUGGGGAUGGAUUUUAUUGCAUUCGUUAUUCAGAUGAGAAAAGAGAUUGUUCACUUGCAAUAAAACACACUAAAUGCAAACCUGGGGAACAAAUAAAAACUCCAGGUACAAAGGCAUCAGAUACCGUUUGUGAGUCCUGUUCUCCAGGGUUUUAUUCUCCUGAAGGUGUGAACUGCUCUAAAUGGACAGACUGUACAGCCAGAAAUGAGAUUGAGGACGAAGAAGGCACUUCCAUUAGAGAUGUUCAAUGUAAACCAAGAAACCGGAAUAUGAGAUAUGGCUUCAUAGCAGUUUUACUCAUGGCUGCAGUUGUACUUUUGCUUGUAGUAUUAUACUUGAAGUACAGGCUAGAAAUUAAAAGUGAGUUGUGUUCAGAUUUUUCUAUUUCAAUCAACAACUUUUUGUUUUGUGGAAUCAUGGCAUCUAACAUGUCAACAUACAGUUAUGUCCAUAUAUAUUUGGACACAGGCACAAUUUUCAUGGUUUUGGCUCUGUAUGCCACCAGAAUAAAGUAUAACUGAAACAAUCAAGAUUCAUUUGAAGUGCAGACUUUUUCAGCUUUAAUUCAAGGGUUUGCGCAAAAAUAUAAAGUACUUUUAACGUUUAGGAAUUGCAACCAUUUUCAUUCACAGUCCCCCCAUUUUCAGGGGCUCAAAUGUAAUUGGACAAACGCUUAUAAUCAAAAGCAAUUUUAAAUUUUUUAUUUUUUGUUGAGAAUCCUUUGCAGGAAAUGACUGACUGAAGUGGACAUGGACAUGAGCAAAGACUGGGUUUCCCCCUUUCUUAUGUUUUACCAGCGGUCUUCAGUUGUUGUUUGUUCAUGGUUCUUUCUUGCCUUUAGUUUUGACUUAGCAAGUGAAAUGCUUGUUCGAUUGGGUUGAGAUCAGGUGACAGACUCAGCCGUUGCAGAGUAUUCUACUUAUUAUCAAUAAAAUACUCCUGGGUUGCUUUUGCAGUAUGUUUUUAUCAUUGUCCAGGUGCAAUGUCUAUUGUAAAAAGCGCUAUACAGCUUUUUAAGCUAUAAGCUAUAAUAAUAAGCUUUGCUACUUUUGGCUGAAUCUGGACUUACAGUAUCUUUCUUAAUAAUUCAUCUGGGUGCUUCAGUCUUCUUUCACAUCAUCAAUAAAUACCAGUGACCCAGUGCCACUGAAGCCAUGCAUGCCCAUGCCAUCACACUGCCUCCACCAUGUUUUACAGAUGAUGUUGUUUGCAUCGGUUCAUGAGCUGUUCCAAGCCUUCUCCAUACUUUUUCUUCCCGUCAUUCUGGUACAGGUUAAUGUUAGUUCCAUCUGUUCAAAAUAUUUUCAGAAAAGUCAAAUCUAACCUUUCUAUUCUUCAGGCUUAUGAAUGGUUUUCACCUUGUGAUGAAACUUCUGUAUUUGUUCUUGUAUUUGUCUUAAUUAUAUCUUGAUUAUAGACUUUGACAAUGACACACCUACCUCCUGGAGUGUUUCCUUCACUUGGUGAAUGUGUUGGGUUUUCUUUUUUUUACCAUGGAGAGGAUGGAACUAACAUUAACCUGUACCAGAAUGACGGGAAGAAAAAGUAUGGAGAAGGCUUGGAACAGCUCAUGAACCGAUGCAAACAACAUCAUCUGUAAAACAUGGUGGAGGCAGUGUGAUGGCAUGGGCAUGCAUGGCUUCAGUGGCACUGGGUCACUGGAAAACAGCAUGUCAGCAUCAUCUGUAAAACAUGGUGGAGGCAGUGUGAUGGCAUGGGCAUGCAUGGCUUCAGUGGCACUGGGUCACUGAAAAACAGCAUGUCCUUAUUCAACUGAAUACACUACAGUGGUGUGGAAAAAGUGUUUGCACCCUUCCUGAUUUUUUAUUUUUUUUAAUUCAUGUUUGUCACACUUUAAUGUUUCAGAUCAUCAAACUAAUUUAAAUAUUAGUCAAAGAUAACACAAGUAAACACAACAUGUUUUUAUUAUUAAGGGAAAACAAAAUCCAAACCUACAUGGCCCUGUGUGAAAAAGUCCCUAAACCUAAUAACUGGUUUGGCCACCCUUAGGAGCAAGAGCUGCAAUCAAGCGUUUGCGAUAACUUCCAAUGAGUCUGUUACAACACUGUGGAGGAAUUUUGGUCCACUCAUCUUUGCAGGAUUGUUGUAAUUCAGCCACAUUGGAGGGUUUUCAAGCACAAACCCCCUUUUUAAGGUCAUUCCACAGCAUCUUAAUAGCACUCAGGUCAGGACUUAUACUAUAUUAUACAGGCCACUCCAAAGUCUUCAUUUUGUUUAUUUCUUUAGCCAUUAAGAGGUGACAAACACUUUUUCACACCACUGUAUUUACAAACUUAUUAACACAGCAUAAAUGAUUGUUUGACUACAAGUUGGGUUGGACAAUGUUUGUCGUUUCAUAAUUUUUCCUUUGCUUGUCUAUCAAAUCUGCCCAUCUUAAUCUGCCUAAAGCAUAUUCAUUAAAUGUUAAUUUUUCAACAGAAAACAGUGGAAUCUGAGUAAACAAUGGAAGCAAAGAGGAGCGAGUCCCCUUUCUAAAAUCCUAAAUAAAAAUAGACCUUAUCAUUUUGUUGAAACCUUUUUGUUGAUUAACCAUAGGAACAAUGAAUUAGUUAGCUAAAAUUAGUGGUGUGAUGUUAGCUAGGUUACACAAUAUUUUUAACCUUCUUCUGAGUACAUAUUUUUUGCAUCUAAACAGCAAUGCAAAAUAGUCUGCUAGGCAGCGCUUCUCUUCCUUCUUUUCAGAGAAAAACAUCAUUAUUAAUAUUUGUAUAAGGCUUAAAGUAGUAGUAGCAGCAUUUUUUUCUGAGCAGUAAUGACAAAAAGCCACACUUACUAUAUACCUAACAGAGCAGAGCUUUGAAACUAACAAAUAUUGUUUCUAGCUUUAACUAUAAUUAUACUAAUAUCUAUACUAAAACUUAAAGUGUAUGACAAACUAAAUGUAUGUAAAAUAUUUAGCACACUGGUUAGACUGGUUAAUGAGAACAGACUGCUUCAGGGGACAUGGACUGUUUUUUUGUGGAUAACAAAGAAUCCAAAGUUUUGAAUCAUUUAUUUUGUAUCUAGUUGAAACUAUAACUAUAUUGACUUAUGGUUACAAUAAAGAAGCAGAUAUGGUCUCAUA